AUGAAUGAUACACAGCAUCGCGGUUUUGAUGCCUUGCCAAACGAGCUUCUAUACGACAUUUUGCAAUCCUUUACUACAAAACAUGUCUUGACCUUUGCUCCAGUCUCGCGCAGGUUCCAUUCUAUCUGCGUCAGAAUCCUGCAGAAUCGCUUGACAGUUGCUGCUACUCUGCUCGACCACGUUUUGAUACUCGAACUAUAUCCGCCAAGUGCUAGAUUGACGGCUGGCAAGCUGUUUUGUACAUCCCUAGGUACCUCUCUACUCGACGAAGAGUCUCUUGAGAGCGUCUCAGACUCGGCAAAGAUUGGACAUCUGGGAAAAGCCGUCUAUUCCAAAUUCAGACCUCAACAUCAGGAGGUGCGAAGACCCUCCCUGAAACAUCCUGCUGGGGACAUUCCAGGCUCGAGAACUCAUCCAAGUUCUGCUGAUCCAAGUAUUCACGCCCACAAUGCAGAGAGUAAUCUGGUCUCUCAACAGGUUUCUCUGGAUGCGGACGAGUUGUUUACUCAACUGAUCGCCACUCUGAUGCUAGUAAAGCCAGGACCGCGUCCAGACACUAUACUUACAGCUGUCGAGGUCUGCGAAGGUACCAUCAGAGUUUGGAGAGAUUGGCUGGCCAAACAGAACAAAGCGAACAUAGAUUCGACAUCGUCACGCUCUCCUGCAGAUGAUCCGUCUACUCUUUGGGUCAACACGGCAGAUCAAGCUGUUGGUGUCAAGUUUAGAGUCAAAGAGAGAAAGUGGAAAAGAGAUGUUCCUAUCUUGGUCUCUGCAGACGAGGAAGUUGCCGUUUCGUAUACAGUUGAUCUUGAAGAGGUUGUAUUGAGGACGUCGCACCUAUUGUUCAUGGUGGAGGAAUCACUAAGAGAACAGUACGAGCCACUGAGUAGGCAGCUGUACUUGAGACCAGUCUGA